AUGCAUCUCAAAUCGGCGGAUGAGAUCUGGAAGAAAUUAGAAUCGCAGUUCAUGUCGAAAACCCUAACGACAAAACUGUAUCUAAAGCAGAUGUUAUACGGGCUGAAGAUGCAGGAGGGGACCGAUUUAGGGCAACAUGUGAAUAUCUUCAAUCAGGUUGUCACGGAUUUGGCUUCACUCGAAGUCAAGAUUGAAGAUGAAGACAAGGCGAUGAUUUUACUGUGUUCGCUACCUCCUUCUUACGAACAUAUGGUGACUACCCUUACAUGUGGGAAAGAAACGAUCAAGACUGAGGAGAUUACUUCAGCGUUGUUGGCUCACAACCAGCGGAAACAGAAAUCUGGAGAGUCAUCUUCUCAAAGUGACAGUUUAUAUGUGAAGGGUAACCAGGAUCGUGGAAGGAAACAGGUGCGGGAUAAUUCAGGAAAUUGGAAUUUCAUAUCCAAGUCGCGAGACAAAUCGAAAGGGAGGAAAACUGUGACGUGUUAUAAAUGCAAGGAACAAGGGCACUUUAAACGGGAUUGCCCAAAGUGGAAGAAACAGACUGCUGAUAUGUCAUCCAAGUCUGCGAAUGUGGUACAGAAUGAGGAAUCUGAUUGCAGUGAUGGAGAUAUGUUAUCUAUUUCGACUGCGCAGUAUGAUGAUGCUUGGAUUCUCGAUUCUGGAUGUUCAUAUCAUAUAACGCCUAACAGAGAGUGGUUUGCUACUUCUAAAUCAGGCAACUCGGGUUCUGUUUUUCUUGGUGAUGAUAGAUGCUGCGGUAUUGUCGGUAUUGGGGAUGUCAAAAUCAAGAUAAAUGGUUUCAUUCCCAAGGCUGAUGAGGAUAGGGAAACCAUUAAGAUUGUGAAGGGUGCCUUGACUGUGAUGAAGGGGAGGAUCACUGCAGGGAACAUUUACAAACUGUUGGGAACAGUUCUUGACAAGGGAGAGAGUUCGAGUUCUGCACCUGAUGAUGUUGAUCAUGAUGUUUUUGACCCAACUGAUGUGCCAGAGAGCUACAAGUUAGCUCGGGAUAGAGUGAGGCGUACCAAUAUACAAGCUCCAGUCAGGUUUGGUUAUGAGGAUAUGGUUGCAUUUGCUCUUACGAUCACUAGUGUGGAUCCUUGCACUUUCUAG